AUGAACGUAGGUAACGUCGACGUCACGGCAAGAGUGAGUCAUGCUCCAGAUGCAAGUGAGUCAGGCUGGACUAAGACUACCGGUUCCCUAAGAGAGUUACAUGUUCUUAACUCUCGAGCCGGUAGGAGGUCGCCACUCAGGGACGAGCAUUCCUGCACCUUUUGCGUCAUCUUGUCGGCCAAACCAGGGCAUACCUCAAUGGCUCAGCUUUCUGUAAUUGAAAUUCUUCACAAUCUUCUCAAGGACGGAUCUUCAUUCUAG